CGAGCAUUUGAGCUGGGCGUUGCAAAUAUAAAGAUUUCGAAAAAUAAUUUAUAAUGAUUGAUAUAAUACAAAUCUGUCUUUAUGUAUGAAAUUUACUUCUUCUCACAAAAAGACCUAACUGAUAAAAUGCUUUAAAUAGCAGUACAAUUUUAACAGCUUGGCACGAACAGUAACUCGCUCAUUUGAACAACAUUAUAUUGAAGAAACAAGUUAUGCCGGAACAAAGCAAUGAUUAUCGCGUCGUAGUUUUUGGUGCGGGAGGUGUUGGUAAAAGUUCUCUAGUUCUCCGUUUCGUUAAAGGAACAUUUAGAGAGUCUUACAUACCAACAAUAGAAGACACAUAUAGACAGGUGAUAAGCAGUAACAAAACAAUAUGCACAUUACAAAUUACUGAUACUACUGGUUCACAUCAGUUUCCGGCUAUGCAAAGACUGUCUAUAAGCAAGGGCCACGCUUUUAUAUUGGUUUACUCCGUGAGCAGUCGACAGUCACUAGAAGAAUUGAAACCAAUAUGGCAAACAAUCAAAGAAAUAAAAGGCGUGGAGCUCCCUAACAUCCCUGUGAUGUUGGCCGGCAACAAAUGUGAUGAGAGCCCAGAGAUUCGAGAAGUAUCAGCUUCUGAAGGACAGGCGCAGGCGCAAGCCUGGGGCGUAUCCUUCAUGGAGACAUCUGCUAAAACGAAUCACAAUGUAACACAACUCUUUCAAGAGCUAUUGAACAUGGAAAAGAACAGAAACGUGUCUCUUCAAGUUGAUGGAAAAGGUAAGAAGAAGAAAGAUAAAGUUGUGAAAGAGACAGGAGAAGCUUCUGCUGCCGGCAAAGAGAAAUGUCUUGUUAUGUAAAUAAAUAACGAUUUAGUUUUAACUCUGCCACAUUACAAUAACUUUUAGUCAUUUUGAUUCUAGUCAUUUAAAUCAUGUCCUGUAAAAUUAAGCACAUUUUAGACUAAGUAAGUAAUGAAUAAUGCAUUAAAAAAAAGUUUAUUUAUAUAGACGACGCCUUAGACGAUGAAAUAUAAGCCGUAAUUUUUCUUACAUUACAGAGCUUAAACAUAUUUGGGAAAAACAAUAUUUUGCUAAUAGUAAGUGUAUUAAUAAUUUGAAUACGACUGAUUUUAAAAGAUAAAUGUUACAAAAUAUUGCUAGUUUGAAAAUACAACGAAAUUGUGUCUCUAGGACUGUUAUUCAAUUUUAAAUGCUAUUAAUUAAACAUAAUUGAUAUUCGUAACGUUAAACAAACUGCGGUUGCAAAUGACGCUAUGGCUGAAGAAUAUUAUAAUGGAAAGCAUAUUGUUAUGACCUAUUUCUAAAGCAGAAAAAUACACAGAGUUAAAUUUUAUUUGUAAACAAAUUAGUGAGAGUAAUAAUAGGUGCCUAUUCAACUAACGCUGGUUAACUCAAGAAACGUUAAAAUUUUCUCGUUUGUCAUAUUUAAUAAAUUUUAUAAUGCCAUUGUUAAAGCAUGAAGGAUUUCUAGUCAUUAUUAGAACUUUGCUAGUAGCACGUAUUUAUUUAAUUAAUAUCAUUCACUAACAUAUCCGACUAGAUUUGUCCACGAUAGAUUUUUAAUAUACUUACGUCUAGUUGUAUGUGUGCUACUCUGUAAGGAAUACACAUUUUUCGUCAAAAUUUCAUUAAUUAACGUAAAACGCUAGAAUUUAUUGAUUUACACAAAAAAAAAUGCUUUUAUGUUGACGUUACUUUUAUUGGUCCAUAAAGAAACCGAACGCGCCUUUUGCUAAAUAUCUAUGGCAGGGUGAUAAAAGCAAUAUUGCAACAAUAGUAUAAUUUUAUUUCGGUCACGAAGUGCAUAGUGUAUUAGCGCCGAGGAAACUCGGAAUGCCAUCUUUACUUGAGAGAUACUCAGGAAACAUGAAGUAAAUGUAUUAAAAGAUAUUGGCUAGUAGCUUUUAAAUUGACAAAGCAGCAGAACCUAUAUGGUCGGCAAUUGAAAAACUGCUUUUAAGUUCAGACGAGAUACAAGACGAGUUUUCUCGAAUGUACGAUAGUAGGCGAAAGUAUCAAGAAAUUUUCGCCUAGUGCAAAACAAUUUACGAAUACCGCCAAGGCGGAAAGCAGACGAUAGGCAGAUGAUUGGACUAAUAUCUUUUUGUGUGCUACCUGUUUGACAGAGUUGUAGUUACAACUAAAGUGCUUUAUCGAUUACGAUAACGCAAAGCCAGCGUUACGUACCAGAUUUUAAAGCAGCGCGCCAAAUCGGUACGGCAAGGAUAAAGAGUCUAUAUUAAUAGAAUAUAAAGCCACUCCGAGGGUAGUCUACACACAAACCAAAGAAAUGACCAUCAAAUGUGGUGAUCAUUAUCGAUCGAAAAUAUCACCGCUUCUAGUUCAAAAUCUACUUACGCGUCUCAGGAAAAUACGUCCAAUUCGCGUGCGAUGGUUAACAGUGAGCGGAAAUGUAAUGAAGACACCGAUCUUAUAGAAACCGAACGUAGAGAUAGAUGCUAAAAAUUACACAAAAUUCUAGAAAAUAUGUACUGCAUUUCAAAUCAAAUCAAAAAAAUUUUAUUCAACAUAAAAUUCUAGAAAAUAUGUACUGCAUUUGAGAAAUCGAACGUUUUUACGAAAUGAGGAGUGUUGUUUUCUGAGUAUUGUUGUUGUUGUUGUACAAGCAUGGACAUAAAUAUGGUGCUAUUGUUGCAUGCUUUGCAUCAAGAAGUGAAAACGCUUUUCAAGCGCGUUCAUAAACACGAAAGCUAAAGCAGACCGCCAAUAACUACAUAAUGGAAUAUCUCGAUGUUUAGCCGCGACAUACCUCAUCGGAUACUGAUCGGAAAAUCUGACGACUUGAAAAGCAAAAGAGGUGCUUUUAAGAUUAGGCCAGAGUCGCUAGCGAACGUUCACUCCGGGAGUGGCAAACAUCAUUAAGACUUCUAUUACGGUUUAACGAUCAACUUGACAGUGUCGUUCUUAUUAAAUAAAUAAUUCGAAACGUUUAAAAUAUAAAUACAAUAGACGCACGAUUAAACCGUGAAAAUUUGUCAAAUUAUAUCAAAUUCACUACAUACUUCGUGUGUCACGUGAUACAAGAGAGAUAGCGGCUGUUGAUGACGACGAAGGACUCGGAUAUAACGGUGGGCAGCGGCUUGACUGUGCCCCGAGCAUUGCUGAAGUCCAUGGGCGAUGGUAACCACUCAACAUCAGGUGGUAUGCUCGUCUGCCUAUAAGGGCAAUAAAAACCCGCACGCGACAAUCUUUCGGCUCGUAUUCGAGAGAUAUUCUCUAUUGUAUUAACCAGAUGACUACUGAGGGUUGUCACCGCUCCAGACGGCAGAAACAUCGACAUUUAAAAAUAUCGUUAUCAUUUGCGUACAUCGUUUUUAAUAUCAUGUUAAGUGCUUAUAAAAAAAAUCGAUUGUAAUUUUAAUCGGUUGUGUGGUAAACCGAACGAAAAGGUACUAGAGCAUGAUAAUUAUUAUAAUAAUAUAUAUUUAGCUUAUUGGCAGGAGGAACCAAAAAUAUACAUUGAGAUAAUGAUUGUUAAUUGCUGAAUUGUUAUUACCUGGACCAAAGUUGUUUGAUGUUGAACGGUAUACAUUUACAGUUGUAAUGUUGUUCUGUUCCGAAACUUGUUAUAUAGUGAUUUAUAGAUUGUAACGUUCGUUAAACAAUGUUCGCUGUUUUGUGUCUUAACGAUACAAUUACGUCGUUACGUAAUAUCUCUGUAAUUGUUGAUUCUUGUCUCUGAAGUCGUGUGAGCUUUGGCUUGAGUUUUCUAAUGAACUUUCUAAUGAACCUUCUCACUAAUACUGUAUACAUUCCAAUAAUAUCUUAUUCGAUUAUCUUAAACCUAUAAGUAUAUAUCUUCUAAUUCCAAAUUAACAGAAUUCGCUUUUUACACAAUUAUAAGUAAGAUAUUUCGAUAACAAAUAUGAUUAGCUGUAAUUAUUUUUUUUCACGUUGCCAUAUAUUUACUUAUAGAACACUUUUGAUAAUUUCCUCGUAAUUAAAAACUUUGUAUUUAAAUUCAAUAGUAUUCGUCAAAUUAUUCUGUAUACUGUAAGUCAAUCAAUAUUAAUAUAAUAUUAUCGAGAAACAUAAUAUAGUUUUUGUCUGGAUUAGCCAAGUCUAGUGCCAUUGUAAAAUAAAACGAGCAAUAAUACUGUAUAUUUUGUCGAAUUCAUUGAUUUGUAAUUCGACUUCAUGAAAGCAUACCAUUUAACUUGCUGAAGCUUUUCAAGCUCGACCGCGCAUAUAGAGGAAAUAGGAAUAGAGUUUUUGGCAUCUUAGUCAUUGAAUACUAGCUGGCUUAGAAACCAAGAAGGAGAAAUUUAAUGGUACGUAUUAGCGGUAGUAACCAAAUCAUCAAUAACAGAUAG